AUGAAUGUUGUUAUAAGAAGGGUCUUGACGAGACAAUCUUUUAGAUUAUGUGACACAUUUGCACAUAAAACUUUAUCUAAACACAUACCCAUAACCUCAACAUGUCCUGUUAUACAAUUACGGAAUUACUGCCAGGAGCGUUUGGAAACAGAAACGCGAAAAUUACCGCAGCUUAUGGAAUUCCCGCCAAUCGUGUGGCCUUCAUUUAUCAAGUUCAUAAAGAAUUGGAUGUUUGCAAACUUUAUCAUCAGACCUUAUUUUGACCAGGAGUUCAGCUUACAUGAGUUCAUUGAAGGAUCAAAACAUGCUGUUCAGGUUGUUUCAGAAUGCCUACAAAAGAGUGAUUUCAAGUCAUUAGACGGUCUGGUAGAUAAGGAUGCUAUUACGGCGCUAAAGUCUGCCAUUUCAAAGCUCUCAGUCUCACAGCGGCAGUUGCUGUCUAUUGAGAAGGAAGAUAUCUUUUAUGCCUUUCCUUAUCAGAUUGGUGUAAUGUUUGAUGAUGCGGACAAACGCUGGGUUGAAAUAACAAUGUGCUACCAUGUAUUCAGAGGGCUCAGACAUUUGAAAGAUGCUGGCGAUUUACCACCUAUCACUAUUGGUGUACAACCAGAAUACCAGGACAAGAUAUUUAUUCUAAACUACAGAUUUAUAAGAGAAUUCACUAAAGGAGUAGAAGAUAGUUGGUGGAUUAAUAUCGUGAACCACUUCCAGCCACAAAAUGUUAUGAAGAAGUGA